GCAUAGUCUUUAUUAGCGCCUUCUCUAGAGCCCCGCGACCAGUCGGUUUUGUGUCACAGCCAUCUCGUGUCCUCCGGAGCAGCGCACAGACACGUGACCUUUCCAUCCACGGGAACACACCGCAGCCGACAUGGUGAAAUUAGCAAAGGGCCCAAAAAUGCAAGGUAAACUUAAGAAACCUGCACCUCCACAAGAGGUUGACGAUAGUGAGGAGGAUGAGGAAAUGGAGGAAGAAGAGGAAAGCAGUGAAGAGGAGUUAGAAGUUCCUCCAAAGAAAACACCAGCCAAAAAAGCAGCCACUCCAGCUAAAGCAACACCAGGGAAGAAAGCAGCCACUCCAGCUAAGCCUGCAGUCACCCCAGGAAAGAAGGGAGCUACUCCAGCUGGAGCAAAGAAUGGUAAACGGGCAAAGAAGCAGGACAGUGAAGAUGAAGAGUCUGAUGAAGAAUCUGAAGAAGAACAGAAGCCAGUUGCCAAGAAACCAGCUGCCAAAAAACCCAUAGCUAAAAAGGAGUCUGAGGAGGAGGAGGAUGAGGAGGAGGAGGAUGAGGAUGAUGAGUCUGAAGAGGAAGAACCUGCUGCCAAGAAACCAGCUGUCAAAAAACCUGCAGCAAAAAAAGAAGAGUCUGAGGAUGAGGAGGACUCUGAGGAUGAAGGUAUGGAGGUAACACCAACUGUGGCUAAAGGAAAGAAAGCUGUUGCAACGGCUGAAUCUGAUGAUGGGGAGGAGGAUGACGACGACGAGGAGGAGGAUGAUGAGGAUGAUGAAGAGGAUGAGGAUGAUGACGAAGAAAAUGCUGGAAAGGAAUCUGCAAAACGCAAAAAAGAAAUGCCCCAAAACAAAGGUGCUCCUGAAGCAAAGAAACAGCGAAGUGAAGGUUUAUCAGUGUAUGUUGCAAACUUGAAUUCCGCUAAGGAUUUCGGUGAACUAAAAGAUGCUCUGAGGGAGGCCUUCACCAAAAAGAGUUUGACUGUCCAAGAUGUCCGUAUUGGAGCUUCAAGGAAAUUUGGCUAUGUGGAAUUCUCUACUGUUGAAGAGGUGGAGAAAGCACUCAAGUUGACUGGGAAGAAGGUUCUUGGUUUAGAGAUUAAAGUGGAAAAAGUAAAUUCCAUUGCUGACAAGAAUAAAAAUGCUGAGAAUAAGAAAGAGAGAGAUGCACGGACUCUGUUUGUAAAGAAUUUCCCGUAUAGUACAACUGCUGAGGAAUUGCAGGAGAUCUUUGAAAAUGCCAAAGAAAUUCGUCUUCCUACUGGACACGAUGGAACCAGUAAAGGGAUUGCAUAUGUGGAAUUCCACACUGAAGCUGAUGCAGAUAAAGCAAUUGAAGAAAAGCAAGGUGCAGAGGUUGAAGGCCGUGCUGUCUUCAUAGACUACACUGGAGAGAAGAGUCAGAGUACUGGAGGGAAAAAAGCUGGACCAGCAGGUGAAGCAAAAGUUCUUGUCGUUAACAAUCUGUCAUACAAUGCUACAGAAGAGAGUUUGCAGGAUAUUUUUGAGAAGGCAACAUCCAUUAGAAUACCACAAAACAACCAGGGUCGACCCAAAGGGUUUGCUUUUGUAGAAUUCACUUCUGUGGAAGAUGCAAAGGAGGCCUUAGAAUCUUGCAAUAAUACCGAUGUCGAAGGCAGGACAAUACGGUUGGAAUUCAGUCAGGGAGGUGGUGCCCAAAGUGGUGGAGGAAGAGGAUCGGCUCAAACAAAAACACUUUUCGUCAGAGGUCUUUCUGAGGACACAACAGAAGAAACAUUAAAGGAAGCAUUUGAUGGCUCUUUAAAUGCCAGAAUAGUAACAGAUCGGGACACUGGCGCAUCAAAAGGGUUUGGGUUUGUAGAUUUCUCUUCAGCUGAAGAUGCUAAAUCUGCAAAGGAUGCAAUGGAAGAUGGGGAAAUAGAUGGAAACAAAGUUACUUUGGACUUUGCAAAGCCCAAGGGUGAAGGACAACGUGGUGGCCGUGGAGGAUUUGGCGGCAGGGGUGGUGGCCGUGGAGGAUUUGGCGGCAGGGGUGGUGGCCGUGGAGGAUUUGGCGGCAGAGGUGGUGGCCGUGGAGGAUUUGGCGGCAGAGGUGGUGGCCGUGGAGGAGGAUUUGGGGGUAGAGGAGGUGGAGGAUUCAGAGGUGGAAAGAAAAUAAGGUUUGAUGACUGAACAGUUUGAUUCCUGUGUCUCCAAACAUCAAGCCAUCUCCCUUAACUGAAUGGACUCUGUGGGCUGGUACAUUGGGUACCCUUCUCCCAAACAAGAAUAGCUUUGGCAGAGCCUUCUGUGUGGACAUUCCAAUGUGGAGACGUACCUAUUUCCUGUUAACACCUGGACACCGUCAUUUCAUGGAAGAUGUGUGACUGCUUGACUAUCCUUACAGACUUUUUUUUUUAAGAGUGUGUGUGUGAGAAGAGACCUUGUCCUGAACUUGUCAUCUUAUGUUUUACCCCUGUACAAUUUUUUUUUCCUACAAAUUCUGUAGUAUUUUGCUGUAAAUGCAGAAUGUUAAUGGUUUGUGCUUCAGCAGCUUGUCUUCAGAUUAAAGGACCUCAUCUGGUUACAUAUUAGUAUAAUGGUUUCCAAAAAUUCUGCUAUUACAGUGACGUAUCAAGUAUGUUUAGUCCAUUUGAUUUUCAUGAAUAGCAUAUGUGUUGUAAACUAAAAUUUGUGCACAAUAGUGACUGCUCAGUUGCUAAAUCUGUAGCGUACAUGGCUGCAGGUCUGGGUUAUAUAGUUGCAUUUGUUAUCUAAAGGGGAAAAUGGAUCAGUACUGUAAUGAAUGCAACCAUGUAGUCCUCCUUAACUGCUAAACCACUUUAUAUGACCUUUAGAACGCCUAUUGCAAGGAAUGGGGGUUAUGGGCUUUUUAUUCCCUAGAGCGGGUACAGUUAAGUUAAAUAGAUAUGUCAAUAUUCCAAUCUGAGGACACCAAUAAAUGACUGGCUCCAAAUAACUACAGAUUGUAAACCAUUGCUUUAAGACACAGGAUUUUUUUUUUUGCUGGAUUUCCUUUCCAAAGUGACAGAACGUGGGGCAAUAUGCAAAUGGAGGUUUAACAGCAUAAAAUGGCUAAAUCUGUCUAAAGUGCAGCUUGGAAGCAGAAACGGCCAACUUGGCAUAUUUCGCCUUGCAACCUCAAGGUGGUGAGAGAAUCUGUGCGCCCACAACUAUUCCCUAAUUAGUGUGCACAAAAAUGUGCAUCGCACCCUUCCAAUUGUCCAUAACUUCUAGUAGGUUACUGAGUGUUUACUUGUGUUCUGCUACUUAGUUUUUCCCUCCCAUCUUAUAAACUGCCAUACCAUGCUGUUACCUUUUUUAACACUUCAAUGUUUUGUAGACUGUAUUUACAUAGAACAUACCUUCCAUGAAGCAAAUUCAGUUGCACGCAAGAUGCUACUGGAGUGGCUUUGUGGCAUGUCUCUUGCUCAUGUCUGCUUAAAUUCUUUGAAGGUGUGAGCAGACAUGAGCUACAUUAAAAGUGCAGCACACAUGUUGCAGUAAUAUGUUCAUGUGUUAAUAUAAUCCACUGUGUUAGAAAAGCCAUAAAUUAAAUGCUGUUUAUAGGCCUACAGGUGUACAAACUCAUUAUACCAGUCUCUCUACAUUGACCAAGUUCAUUUGAAAAGCAGAUUACUUGUCCUUUUAGGCAUUAGAACUUUGGACAAAUUUAAGUACUGUAGCUGUGAGCCUCUGUGCACGCUGGCUCAGAUUCAUGUAAAAUUUGGUACACCAGUUUGCCAUGUGGGUAAUAAAUUUAAGAAAUGCUUGUCCAAAUUAAAUGUUUCUAAACUUUUA